AGAAGAAGCUGAUGACCAUGGACGAAGUCAACGAGCAGUUUCCCUUGACGAAGUACAAGCAGUGGAAAUCAAGUCAAGAGAUGAAGGGCCUGCCAGUAAACGGUGGCAUCGCAACCGCACCCCAGAGCAGAGCAGCCAGCUUGAAGGACGUCGAGGGCGUCAUUCCCGCCACCGAAGGCGCCGCAAGCCCCAGGCCUGAUACCGCACUCUCACUCGCUCGUGACGCCGUACGCAAGUCAACCACUUCGCCGAGAGCGAGCAUGUCACCAGCUGAGGCAAAGGAGACCACAGCAUCGAAGAAGCCCGAGGAUGAGAAGUCGCCAAUGUCGAGGACCGAUACCGUGGACACGACAGGGAAAGACGUUGAACCAGCAACCGCUCGCCGCGGAGAUGACGAUGAGUCUGACGACGAGGACGACCCGAUCCGUAUCGCAACCGCACCUGAGAUGUUGGCUGAGCCGGGUGACACCUGCGCUAUUUGCCUGGAUACCCUUGAGGACGACGAAGAUGUGCGAGGACUCACUUGCGGCCACGCUUUCCACGCUAGUUGUGUCGAUCCAUGGCUGACAAGCCGUCGGGCUUGCUGUCCUCUUUGCAAGGCUGACUACUACGUCCCCAAGCCUCGACCAGAGGGCGAGGCGGCUGAUCAGGCAGGCUUAGGCCGUCGCCCAGGAGUGGGAAUGCGAUCUCCAUCAUCGCCCCAGGCAAUCUGGACUAGCUCUCGCAACGGUCUUUUCCGCUCCCGCGUACUCAUCAUUGGCAACCCAACUUCCCAAGAGACCCAACGUGCUGAUCGUUUUGGCCGCCUCAGUCGCCCCAGUCGACAAACUCGCUCUGCGACUGGAGAUGCCGCACAACCGCAGACCACUGAAAACUCGGGGUGGAUGUCAAGACUGCGACCCAACAGGACACAGCAAACUCCAACAUCUUCGAGGAGCUGGUUUGGACGCGGCCGUGCUGAGCCGCGAGUAGAGACUGCACAGCCUACACCCGCCCAGCUUGAGGCUGGAACCAGGUAGUGGCCAUAUACCAGAUACGAAUUCAUACUUUUUCACACGACUUAUCACGCCUCUCACGAUCAUCUCUUAGCAAGCAUUUGGUCGCGGUCAG